AUGGUGGACGACGAUGACUUGAUCGUUUUCCUGGAUGCCUUCGACGUUUUUCCCAAUGGUUUCGACGGCCACGAGCUGCUUCGGCGGUUUUUCUCCUUUGGCACGCCCGUGGUAGUGGCUGCCGAGGAGCCAUGGGACCGAACCGCGAAGGGAUGUAGGAUUCAAAGUUUUAAGGCGUACGGACUUUUGGAGGCUGAGAGUUUCCUGGUUUUCUGGGUUUAG